AACUCAAGUGUUUUAAUUUAUUUUUAAAAUGCGUUGAUUGCUCUUGUGCACUGACCUCUAGUGGCAACAGUCAAAACCGUUUUUGUAUGAGUUAAAAUGCUUGUUUCUGUAAUUUUCUGAUAUUCCUCAAUUUGGAGUGAUAGGAUCAAAUACAACCAGCUAUGUUACAUUUUUAAAAGAUUUUAAUUGAAUAUCACUUUUUACUGUCUUGUUUUUGCAUUAACCGUUCAUCAGUGUGUUAUGUGACACAUCUUUCAUGUUAUUUUGACCAGUUGAUGCUUUCAAUAUCUAUCAAAAAAUGUGUUAAUUAUCAACUAUGGGCUUUUAUACAAUACUGCACGAAUAUGUAUCUUGGCUGACAUUAUAAUACAAGUAUGUUCAAUAAAAUAACCCAAUACAAAAAAAUGUUGUUACACUCCGAGUCGCUAGAGGCGCUAUUGUAAUUACCGUAGCAACAAAAGCGACAAGCAACGUUAAAUUAUUAAAAAGUGACUUCAGAAAAAUUACAGUUCGUUAUUUACAUAUUCACAACAACGAAUAACGCUUUAUUUAUCGUAAUAUUUCAUUUGAAACCUAUGAAAGCGACGUUUUUCCACCUACGUUGACUGCGCAACGCUCGCUAGCCAAGCUAACCACAAUUAGCCUCCUCAUGCUAGCUUCCCGUACGCGUCAAUGAAUGGCGGAAGGCGAGUGAAGGGAUCGAACAACAAUGCUCUCUAGUUACCUAACCGGAGUCAAAUUGAUGGAUUUUAUCUGUAGCAUCGGAAUACCUUAAAUGGACGUUUAUUCCUCGAAGUGAGUACGCUUAAUUGGAAGCGCAGCAUCGCGGGAAUCUCACGAGUUCCACAGCUUAGCAACCGCAGCUAACAUCGCUACACUGGAUUGUGUUGUUUUUAUUGACAAAAACUUGAGCGAUUUGUGAUUAAAUCCUUGAAAAAAAGUGGACAUACCUCUUUUAUGAAUCUGCGCCGAGAGAAAAGAGGCGUGAUGGCGUUUUUGGACUGACACUACCGUCUGUCCUCUGUAGGAGAGGCGACAAAGCUCAACAAAUCCGAGCGUUUUGCACGAAUCCCAAACUGGAGUAAGGUUCAAAUUACAUCCAUAACAUCCCCUUUUUUAAACGUCAUUGACGUUAUUUCCACUAAAUAAGAUGAUGGAAGAUGUUCCUCGCGAUGAGGAACAUUUGGAUCCGAUCAUGGCCUGUUGAAAGCAACUUGGGAAUAUUUACAAUCACACAUUUUAAGGACUUCUCGCAGAAAUCCAAACAUGUCUGCUGUCGGUGAGUUUGUUCCACCUCCGGAAUGUCCUGUUUUUGAGCCAAGUUGGGAGGAUUUCUCGGACCCUCUUGGGUUUAUCAACAAAAUCCGACCCAUCGCCGAGAAAACUGGCAUCUGCAAGAUCAGACCCCCGGAGGACUGGCAACCUCCGUUUGCUUGCGACGUGCGUCACUUCCGGUUUACGCCGAGAGUACAAAGAUUAAAUGAACUUGAGGCGCUUACUCGUGUGAAGCUGAACUUUCUGGAUCAAAUUGCAAAGUUUUGGGAGCUACAAGGGUCGAAGAUUCGUUUCCCACAUGUGGAGCGAAAGGUCCUGGAUCUCUAUCAACUCAGCAAGGUCGUGUCUUCCGAAGGUGGCUUUGAGACGGUGUGUAAAGAGAAGCGGUGGUCCAAAGUGAGCAGCCGAAUGGGUUUCCCACAAGGGAAAGGCACCGGCUCGCUUCUACGGUCUCACUAUGAGAGGAUCCUUUACCCCUAUGAGCUCUUCCAAUCUGGAGCCUCGCUCACUGGCCUCCAGCAACUAUACGAGGAGGGAGAUGACUGCGAGGAAGUGGACGAGGGAGUUGGCGAGGAGGCAGCAGAGGACGAUGACCAAGAGGAGGAUGAAAGGAAAGAUGCCGAGGUUGACACCGCGCAGACAAAAGAACGUCCUCUGGCGGAAAGACGCUCAAGGCGCCUUAAAUCGGAGAGGGAAAACAAAGAACCAAAAGGCCUCAAACUCUUUGGCGCCGCUCCCAAGAUGGUCGACCUUGAAAUUGUGCCGGCAGAUGACGGCUACCACAAGAAGCACCGUCACCUGAAAGCUCAAGCCUUCGCUAUCAAAAUGCGACCGCGCAAGGAGACGCUCGAAGUGAACUUCAUCGACCUCUACUUCUGCCUGAUGUGCGGACGGGGCGACGAGGAAGACCGCUUGCUGCUGUGCGACGGCUGCGACGACAGCUACCACACCUUCUGCCUGAUCCCGCCCUUGCACGACGUGCCGAAAGGCGACUGGCGCUGCCCCAAGUGUGUCGCGGAGGAGUGCAGUAAACCCAGAGAGGCGUUUGGUUUUGAGCAGGCUGUUAGGGAAUACUCGCUACAGAGCUUCGGGGAAAUGGCCGACCAGUUCAAGUCGGACUAUUUCAACAUGCCUGUCCAUAUGGUACCCACUGAGUUAGUGGAGAAAGAGUUUUGGCGCCUGGUUAGCAGCAUCGAAGAGGACGUCAUCGUGGAGUACGGGGCCGAUAUUAGCUCCAAGGACGUGGGUAGCGGUUUCCCAGUUAGGGAUGGCAAGAGGAGACUCCUAGGAGAUGAAGAGGAGUACGCCAACUCCGGCUGGAAUCUGAACAACAUGCCAGUUCUGGAGCAGUCGGUACUCACUCACAUCAACGUGGACAUAUCUGGCAUGAAAGUGCCUUGGCUCUACGUGGGCAUGUGUUUCUCCUCCUUCUGCUGGCACAUUGAAGACCACUGGAGUUACUCCAUUAAUUUCCUGCAUUGGGGAGAGCCCAAAACCUGGUAUGGCGUUCCGGCGUCAGCGGCAGAGCAGUUGGAGGCGGUCAUGAAAAAGUUGGCUCCGGAGCUGUUUCAAUCACAGCCGGACCUUCUCCAUCAACUGGUCACCAUCAUGAACCCUAACAUCCUUAUGGAGCAUGGUGUACCUGUGUACAGGACCAAUCAGUGUGCAGGAGAGUUUGUGGUUACCUUUCCACGAGCUUACCACAGCGGCUUUAACCAAGGCUACAAUUUCGCAGAAGCUGUUAACUUCUGCACUGCCGACUGGCUACCCAUGGGCCGUCAGUGCGUGGCUCACUACCGACGCCUGCGCCGCUACUGCGUCUUCUCGCACGACGAGCUGCUGUGCAAAAUGGCCGCCGAUCCGGAGAGCCUGGACGUGGAGCUAGCGGCAGCCGUCGUCAAGGAGAUGGGGGAAAUGAUGGACGAGGAGACUCGGCUGAGGAAGGCAAUCCAAGAAAUGGGGGUGCUGUCAUCCGAGCAGGAAGUGUUCGAGCUGGUCCAAGAUGACGAACGUCAGUGCCACAAGUGCAAGACUACCUGCUUCCUCUCCGCCCUCACUUGCUCCUGUUCCGAUCGUCUGGUUUGUCUUCAUCACGCGGAAGAUUUAUGCGACUGCCCUCUCAGCAACAAGUGCCUCAGGUAUCGCUAUGAUCUGGAAGAGUUUCCAGCUAUGCUCUACGGUGUGAAGAAUCGCGCACAGUCGUAUGACACGUGGGCGAAAAGGAUUAACGAGGCCUUGUCUGCAGAACAGAAGAACAAGAAAGAUCUAAUCGAGCUCAAGGUUUUGUUGGAGGAUGCGGAGGACAGGAAGUACCCCGAAAAUUUACUUUUCCGUCGCCUCAGAGAGAUGGUCAAAGAGGCGGAGACUUGCUCCUCUGUAGCUCAGAUGUUGCUAAGCCGCAAGCAGAGACACAGCACCCGGCUACGUUCUGAAAGCAGUCGGAGCCGCAGCAAGCUCACUGUGGAUGAGCUAAAGGGUUUCGUGGAGCAACUUUACAGGCUGCCUUGCAUUAUCAGCCAGGCCAGACAAGUCAAGGAGUUACUGGAGAAUGUAGAAGACUUCCACGAACGGGCCCAGAUGGCGCUUGCUGACGAACUGCCCGAUUCGUCCAAGUUGCAGGCCCUUUUGGACCUUGGUAGCGGCCUGGAUGUGGAGUUACCUGAGCUACCUCGUCUUAAACAAGAGCUCCAGCAGGCGCGCUGGCUCGAUGAGGUGCGCAUCACCCUGACGGAGCCUCACCGCGUCACCCUGGAACUGAUGAAGAGGCUAAUCGAUUCCGGGGUUGGUCUGGCGCCCCACCAUGCUGUUGAGAAGGCCAUGGCUGAACUGCAGGAGAUCCUUACGGUCUCGGAGAAAUGGGAAGACAAGGCCCGCGCUUGCUUGCAGGCUAGGCCCCGACACAGCAUGGUGACCUUGGAAAGUAUCGUCUUGGAGGCCAGGAAUAUUCCGGCAUACCUACCUAAUAUUUUGGCUCUACGAGAAGCUUUGCAAAAAGCGAAAGACUGGACUGCAAAAGUGGAUGCUAUUCAGACUGGUACUAGCUUCGCUUACCUGGAGCAACUGGAGACCCUUCUGGCUCGAGGUCGUUCCAUCCCGGUACGUCUCGAUCCACUGGCCCAGGUGGAGUCUCAGGUGGCUUCGGCAAGAGCCUGGAGGGAGAGGACCGGUCGCACAUUCCUGAAGAAAAACUCCACUUACACGCUACUACAGGUACUCAGUCCUCGCGUGGACAUCGGCGUGUACGGUAACAGCAAGAGCAAGCGCAAGCGAGUGCGUGAGCUCAUGGAGAAGGAGCGAGGAGGCUUCGACCCCGACGCCUUGAGCGACCUGGACGAAAACCUGGAGGAGGCGCGAGAACCCUCCGCCGUCGUUGCCGCUUUUAAAGCCAAAGAGCAAAAAGAGGUGGAGGCCAUCCACUCCUUACGCGCAGCCAACCUAGCCAAGAUGGCCAUGGCCGACCGCAUCGAGGAAGUUAAAUUCUGCCUCUGUCGGAAGACUGCCAGCGGCUUCAUGUUGCAGUGCGAGCUGUGCAAGGAUUGGUUCCACGGGGUGUGCGUACCCCUGCCCAAAACGGGAACGCAGAAAAAACUUGGCACUGGUUGGCAGAGCAAUAGCAAGGACUCCAAAUUUCUAUGCCCGCUGUGUCAACGGUCUAGGCGGCCGAGGUUAGAGACUAUCUUGUCUCUGCUGGUGUCGCUACAGAAGCUUCCAGUGCGGCUACCAGAAGGAGAAGCCCUCCAGUGUUUAACUGAGAGGGCAAUGAGCUGGCAGGAUCGGGCCCGUCGAGCUCUUGCCACGGAGGAACUGUCAUCCGCCCUCGCGAAGCUCUCCGUGUUGAGCCAGCGCAUGGUGGAGCAAGCUGCCCGAGAGAAGACUGAGAAGAUCAUAAACGCCGAGUUGCAGAAGGCUGCAGCCAACCCUGACUUGCAGGGUCACAUCCAGACCUUCCAGCAAUCAGGUUUCAGCAGAGCCACGUCACCUCGGCAGUCCGUGGACUAUGACGAUGAGGAGACAGACUCUGAUGAGGACAUCAGGGAGACGUACGGUUACGACAUGAAGGAUCCAGGGGAAGUGAAGCCUUACCUCUUCUGUGACGACGAGAUACCUGUAAAGUCCGAGGAAGUUGUUAGUCACAUGUGGCCGACUGCCACGCCUUCGUUCUGCGCUGAACACGCGUACUCCUCAGCUUCCAAGUCCGUUGUACAAAAUGUGGGAACGCCACGAAAGCAGCCCAGGAAGACACCACUGGUUCCUCGCAGUCUGGAACCACCAGUUUUGGAGCUGUCGCCGCAAGCUAAGGCUCAGCUGGAAGACCUGAUGAUGCUAGGUGACCUGCUGGAGGUGUCUCUGGAUGAGACUCAGCAUAUCUGGAGGAUCCUGCAGGCCACGCAUCCUCCUUUGGAGGAGAGGUUCCUGCAGGUUAUGGAGCCUGAUGACGGUCCAAUCGGAAAGUCUCUGAAAAUCAAGAUCAAAGAUUCCGAGAGGAAAAGGAAACGGAAGUUGGAGCGAGCCGAGCACCACCACCACCACAUGCUCAUGUCCUCCGCCGGUGGAGCCGGGACGCUAGGCGGCGUGCGGUCGUCCAAGUCCAAGGAACUGAAAAGGACCGGCCUAGAACUGGGACUCGGGGGCAAACCCAAGAAAAAGAAACUGAAACUCGGCCUGGACAAGAACCGAGAGAUGAAGCAGCUAGCUAAAAGGUUAGCCAAGGAGGAGAAAGAGCGGAAGAGGAAGGAGAAAGCAGCCGCCAAGGCCGAGGCUAUCAGGGAGGGGUUGGAGAAGCGAAAGGAGAAAAAAAUUCUGGACAUUCCCUCCAAGUACGAAUGGUCCGGAGCCGAAGACUCCAAUGACGAGAACGCCGUAUGCGCGGCUAAAAACUGCCAAAGACCGUGUAAAGACAAGGUGGACUGGGUGCAGUGCGACGGAGGCUGCGACGAGUGGUUCCACCAGGUGUGCGUGGGCGUCUCGUGCGAAAUGGCCGAAAAUGAAGACUACAUCUGCGUGGACUGCUCCCUAAAAGCCGCGGGAUCCCGCUCGGCCGAGGCGGAACCGGCCCAGGAAACCGUGGUGAUGCUAGCCACGCCGAACCUGCUAGCGACAACCGGCACGUCGUGGUCCCGCACCGCCGUGCAUCUAAACCCAGCAGAGGAACCUCACAACAGUUAGCGCUACGCUAGCCCUCAAAGACUAGCUCUAGAAACAUCCACCAGCUGCUUCCCGGACACUCCCUCGACAAUAACCGAUCACCAGUCCAACACAAAAAAACAAAUCUUCCUCCUGUUUAAGUACAAAAACCAGUUGUAACGUAGUGGAAUUAUUUAUAAUGUAUAUAGCUUGAAAGCAAUUAAAAUAAUGGUUCGUGGCUUUGUUUUGUUUUGUCACCUUUUAAUAAACUAUUCCUAG